CAAACCGAUGAAGGUACUUCGUCAUGAGCAAUAUUACUCGCAAACUUGUGGUAGUCGGUGAUACAGGCUGUGGAAAAACAAGUCUCCUUCUUGCCUUCACUCAAGGCAGCCCCGCGAGCGGCGAAUUACCUACUCUGUUAGAUCUUCACGAGGUUACCUCCCCGAUCCCGGGGAGCCAGACCCAGCUUGCUCUUUGGGACACUGGUAAUCGAGGAGAAUACCGCAAGCUUCGAGAUCUCUCCUGCCAUCUGUGUGAUGUUCUUUUGAUCUGUUUCUGUAUCGAUUCGCCCCAAUCCCUGAGAAAUGUGCAGACACAAUGGGCCCCAGAAGCUCAGCGUCUCUGUGGUAAUAGGCCAACUGUAUUAGUUGGCUGUAAAAAGGAUCUGCGUUGCGAACAAAAUCCGAAAGCGAGCAAUGCAUUCUCGCAGUUGAUGACGAAGCUAGUGGGCCGUGAGAAGGAUUUGCGAUCUGAUGAAAAGCCGAAGACGAGUGAAGCGCUUUCCCAGGUGGCAACAGAGCAGGUCACCCGCAAGCAGGCUACCAAGGUUUGUCGUCAGAUCGGGGCUAGUCAAUACCUCGAAUGCUCAGCUACGACCUUGGAGGGAGUUCAGCAAGUAUUUGAGGCCGCCGCGCGCGCCGUCACGCACUACAAGACUGGCUAGAGAAUCGUCAGUACAUCAACUCUAUGAGGGCCAAGUGACGAGUCAAGGAACUGGAAGUCCAUCAGCUUCUGUUCCUGAGAUAUCAUUCGUCACAGUUGUGGAUUAUUACCCAAUGUGGGUACGCAGUCCAACAAUAGUCGAGUAACACAGCGGGCUGGUGGCAACUUGACAUGAAUCUGCAACAAGGACUUCCAUUAGCGCAGGCAGACAAAAAGCUGGGAUAAAAAGACCUAUAAUAAUACGAGGUUUAUUAGAGGCAUUGUGGGCUACGGCGCUUAACGGCAUAUAUUGGGUGGACGUUCCCCCUAACCGCGGUUAUCUACGCAUGUUUCCAAUCCCAGUUCUCAAUUUUCUAAAGCAUCUUUAAG